CAUCUCCUUUUCACACAUGGUAGCAGUUGUUAAAAGAUUCCCCUAAACAACCUCCCAUUCAACACUCAUCCAAGUCUUCUACCACCAUGAAUUUCCAUCACUUGAUUCCCAAAUUACUAAUCUUGAUCAUAACUCAAAUACGAUGGACCAACUCCGAAGGCUUCUACGACACCUGCAGCCGUUCCUUCAGUUGUGGAACCAUCUCCGGCAUCCAAUACCCUUUUCGGCGCCAUCAGGACCCUCCAGAAUGCGGGUACCCUGGCUUUGAACUAAACUGUGACCAAAAUAAUCUACCCACCAUCAAUAUCACUAACAUUACAUACCGGGUUCUAGGCAUCGAUCCAGCCACCCAGAUUCUAAAACUAGUUAGAGGAGAUAUGAUCAACUCAUGUCCACAAGAUCUAGUGAACACCACGAUCAAUCACCAGCUCUUUGACUACACCCCAAGCUAUAUGAAUAUUAGUUUUCUAAUCGGAUGCCCGAUCCCUUUCGAUGUUGAGGGGAUGAUCAGCUCAUUUUUUUGCACUAAUAUUGGAAUUAAUCCAGUUAUUUUAGUUCCAGGGGCAACGGGCCCGGGUGUGUGUAAAACUAGUGUUGUGAUCCCAUCCCCGGUUGGGUUUACAGGGUUGGUUGAGGUUCUUCAGGACGGGUUUGAGGUCAAGUGGAAGGUUGAUCCGGGGCCUUGUGCGGACUGUAUCCGGUCAGGUGGUCUGUGUGUGUCUGAUAUUAGUAGACUUGCAACUACAUGUGCCUGCCCUGAACCACCUCUUUUGGCUGACACUUGCUCCAAUUCCAAAGUUAACAAAACUGAUGUUGGUUUAUCUCCACCAUCGUCAACGUCGUCACCAACGUCAACAGGGGGCAUCAAGCAUUGUCCGGUAGCAGCGUAAGUGAGUUCACAAGGGCGCAAGCGUGAGGAAAUUCAUGGGUGUGGGGCGGUGGUGAAAUUUUGUGGGGCCAAACUACACACUUCAACCGACCACGUAAUCCUUAUUUUCUUUUAUCUUUUAUUUCUAUUACAAUUGGUUCAGUAAAACCAUUACAUAAUGUAUGGGUAAACGUAAGUGAGAGC